AAUCUUUGUUGACGGGAGCGUUCACUGAGGAAGGGACGUGCGCGGUCACGUUUCCGCGCGCGCCCUGUAAAGCGAGAGAGAGAACGUUCAGCCAGAGCUCGUGCAGGCUGCUUCCUGACCCGAGCGCGUUGUGGAGAGGAAGUCGGCUCCAAGCGCCCCGACGCACGCGAAGAGGAGGUUGCGGGGCUUUUAGUGCACAACUGCACCGAAUCUGUGCGCAGGAGGUCGCGCGUGAUCGGGGACCCCGGCUCAGCGGAGCAGCGGCACUGCGCGUCGUGCCGCACGCGGUGGAGAGCUCUCGGUCGGUCGCUGCGCGGCUUCAAUCCGCAGGAAUGUCGCAGGAGAGACCCACUUUCUACCGGCAGGAGCUCAACAAGACCGUGUGGGAGGUGCCGGAGCGGUACCAGAACCUGUCCCCGGUGGGCUCCGGGGCGUACGGAUCCGUCUGCUCGGUGUAUGACGUGAAGACGGGCCUGAAGAUAGCGGUGAAGAAGUUGUCCAGACCGUUCCAGUCCAUCAUCCACGCCAAGAGAACCUACCGAGAGCUGCGACUGCUCAAACACAUGAAGCACGAGAACGUGAUCGGCCUGUUGGAUGUGUUCACACCAGCAACGAGUCUGGAGGAGUUCAAUGACGUGUACCUGGUGACCCACCUCAUGGGGGCAGACCUCAACAACAUCGUGAAGUGCCAAAAGCUGACGGAUGACCACGUCCAGUUCCUCAUCUACCAGAUCCUCCGAGGCCUGAAGUACAUCCACUCUGCAGACAUCAUCCACCGAGACUUGAAGCCCAGUAACCUGGCCGUGAACGAAGACUGUGAGCUCAAGAUCCUGGACUUCGGGCUGGCGCGGCACACGGAUGACGAGAUGACGGGCUACGUGGCCACGCGGUGGUACCGCGCCCCGGAGAUCAUGCUCAACUGGAUGCACUACAACAUGACAGUGGACAUCUGGUCGGUGGGCUGCAUCAUGGCGGAACUACUGACUGGACAGACGCUCUUCCCGGGCACAGACCAUAUAAACCAGCUGCAGCAGAUAAUGCGCCUGACGGGGACGCCCCCCUCCUCCCUGAUCAGCAGGAUGCCCAGCCAUGAGGCGAGGAACUACAUCAACUCCCUGCCCCAGAUGCCCAAGAGGAACUUUGCUGAUGUGUUUAUUGGGGCCAACCCUCUCGCGGUGGACCUGCUGGAGAAGAUGCUGGUGCUGGACACAGACAAGCGGAUCACGGCGUCGGAGGCUCUGGCCCACCCGUACUUCGCCCAGUACCACGACCCGGACGACGAGCCCGAGGCGGAGCCCUACGACCAGAGCUUCGAGAGCCGUGAGCUGGAGAUCGAGGAAUGGAAGAGGUUGACCUACGAGGAGGUUCUCAGCUUUGAGGCGCCGUCCUUCGAUGGAGAUGAGAUGGAAUCCUGAAGAGGACGAGGCAGCUUCCAAGAAACUUCAAGGACUAUCAGUCUCUUGUGACUAUCCACCACUUUCCUCUCACUCACUCACACACACACACACUCUCUCACACACACACACACUCACACACACACACACACACUCUUACACACACACACACACACACUCACACACACAUUCAAGUGCCUGCCGUCAUUCAUCUCCUGGACGUCGUUUUAUGGGAUAAGACUUGACUUCCUGUUCCUCCUCGUUGCUCUUUGUUCUGCAUUCAGACUUUAAAUCAUAUUUUCAGUAUUUACCUCAAACGGUUAUUGUUUGUUUGUUUGUUUGUUUGUUUGUUUGUUUGUCCCCUCUUUUAUUCAGAAAACUAGAAGCUUGUCGGCAUCUUGGAGGAACGUAACUCCUCAAUACGUGUUUUCUAGAAACCACUCGGCAGUCAUUACUCAUACUGAGGUGCGUAUCUCUCCUCCUCACAUUGGAAUAAAAUGUUGUUUACAUCGUUGCAUCGUGUAAACAUGACAACCAGUAUUUGUACAUAACUACUUCAGUCAGAACAGCGUAUUUGUGUACUCGUCAUAACUCCUGAGGCACGUCUCAGCCGACCCCUUUGACAGAGUUUAGACCAGAAUGGUGUAUGAACAGAUCCAGUAUGAGGAUCUGAAGAGUCUGGAUCAGACUUCUGUCUCCAAGUGUUCUGAUCCAGAUCCAGAGGUUGAUCUGGAUCUGGAUCAGACUUCUCCAUAUCCAGUCUUCUUCCACCACUCGUGUCCUGUUGUUGCAGCAGCAGGUGACCGUCGCCAUGCCGACCUCCACCUGCAGGAUGAAGCCACCUUUAUUAGAAUGUUCUUCGCACCACGACUGACUGUACUUUUAUCAUCGUUUAUAGAACCCUGAAUGUCGGGGUCUGCCCUAUAUUUAUGACCUUUUAUGUUGUUUGUAUAUCGCUGUAAAAGAAUAUGAUUAGAAUUCAAGGUUCUUUUUAUUAUUUAUGGAAAGCUUAUUGUAUCAGAAACCAGAUGUAUUGUCAAUAAUCUCCGUUUAUCGGCGCCGACCAUAUUGAUAACAUAUAGUUCUGAAUCAGUUUGAUCAGCUGCUCAUUCUGGUUUGUUUUCUUCUUCUAAGCAGUUAAACAUUUAUGUAAGUUAUUACUCCAAAAGAAAUCACUUAACCGCCAUCAGUCCACUGAGCAGAAGGCUCCUCCCCCUGGAGUGGACUGCAGACCUUUAUUGAGGCUCCUCCCCCUGGAGUGGACUGCAUACCUUUAUUGAGGCUCCUCCCCCUGGAGUGGACUGCAGACCUUUAUUGAAGCUCCUCCCCCUGGAGUGGACUGCAGACCUUUAUUGAAGCUCCUCCCCCUGGAGUGGACUGCAUACCUUUAUUGAGGCUCCUCCCCCUGGAGUGGACUGCAGACCUUUAUUGAAGCUCCUCCCCCUGGAGUGGACUGCAGACCUUUAUUGAAGCUCCUCCCCCUGGAGUGGACUGCAGACCUUUAUUGAAGCUCCUCCCCCUGGAGUGGACUGCAGACCUUUAUUGAAGCUCCUCCCCCUGGAGUGGACUGCAGACCCUAAUUGAGGCUCCUCUCCCUGGAGUGGACUGCAGACCCUAAUUGAGGCUCCUCCCCCUGGAGUGGACUACAGACCCUAAUUGAGGCUCCUCCCCCUGGAGUGGACUACAGACCCUUAUUGAGGCUCCUCCCCCUGGAGUGGACUGCAGACCCUAAUUGAGGCUCCUCCCCCUGGAGUGGACUACAGACCCUUAUUGAGGCUCCUCCCCCUGGAGUGGACUGCAGACCUUUAUUGAUGAAUGUUUUCCACGUUCACUCUUUUAUGACAUCAUGCACACAAACAUCCGCAUCUUCUCUAUUUCAUUUGCAACCUCCGGUUUUCAUAUUGUGCGUUUUCUAAUGUAUUAUUUUAUUCUUUGUGUUAAAUCAAGUUUUGAUAUUAUUCUGUGAUUUUUGUAAUAUUGAGUAAUGCUAGAAAUAUAUUUGCUGUUCAUUUUAAUAUUUUCGCGGGGCACAUGUUUACUCACUGGAUGCUGAAGCUCUUUGUACUUUUAAAACAAGGAUAUUCAUCUUUUUACAUAUCCAAAUGUUGGCAGUUAAUUUGGUGAUUGGUUUAUGCUUUUCUCUGAGACGUGUUCACAUGUUUUUACAUUUUCAGAUGUAUCAAGACAGCACCUGUAAAUACCACCUGAGACAAUAAAGGCUCUUAUUUUUCAAACCUG